AGAGGACCGCGGCGGCGGCGGUGGUGAUUCAGACUUUCUUAUCUAUUCCUCGAAACAACGGUCGUGGAUAAAUACGGGGCGGCCGAGGGAAACAGAAUUCGUCGACGUCGGGUGUCGAUUAUACAUGUACGAAAUGAGGUGCCAUUGAUAAGACUUAGAGCGCCGCGUGGUUCCGCCUCCGCCGUGCCCAAAACGCGGCACAUCACGGACGUGUGGAUAAAGCGGCGCCAUAUAUACACGAUACACGAACCGUAUUUUUUCUUUUCGCUCUCAUUUCGAACGGCGAGAAAAACGGGUGGAGCGACAAAACGAAAGCCGUGAACGGGGGACCGAGGCGACAGCACCGAAGGAGGAUCCAGACGGAGAACGAAACGGUGAAAAGGGGUGAGAGAAAGAGAACGAGCGAGUGAGUGGGAGAGAGAGGAAUAGAGAAAGAACUAGAGAUUCGUGGAUGCGGCGCGGUGUCUGUACCCGUACGUGAAUCACGCACGCUUUCGAGGCGCCUGUCUAUCCCUCGUCUUCGAGUACACCCCAUACCCACGACAUUGACCCGUUCGAGGUCGCCGCAACUUACUCGGCGUCGAACGAGACGUUUCGCGAGCAGCUCUUCGAAACUGUCAACCCACGAGGAGGGGCAUUUUUGCUCCCCGUUUCGUUCCAUGUUCUCAACCGGUCGUCGAGAGUCCGUACGUCUGUGCUCGUGAUACACAGCCGAUAGAUUUCAAACAUUUCAACUACGUUCGUUGAGUUCGAACGAGCAAUUUGUCUUUUUUUUUUCUUUUUUUUCUCUCUGACAAGAAUAGUGAAUGGAUCUCGAAAUCACACGUCUCGGUGGUUUGAUCUACGUAAAGGAUUCUCUGUGCAACUGUGAUUCAAGCCCUUAGUCUUUUAAGAUUUGUACAACAUUAAGAAAAACUAAGACACGCGAGGCAGAAGAUUAUAGUAUUAGAGGAUAAGACAAAACUAUUGAGACGCAACGACGCAAAGUAGAUUGGCAACAAAGAACAAAGAGCAGAAACAACAUGUCAGAUGAAGAAGACAAACCCCCUGCACCUCCUGUGCGACUUACAUCGAACAGAGGUGAAUCAGCACCUAAUUUACCAGUGGACAUGCGUCCACUACCUAAAGAACCUGAUUCCGAUGAACGAAAGAAAAAGACACUUAAGAGUAAAAUGAAGGUAAAAGAGAACAAGGAUAAACCCAACAUCAGUUACCCCACCAAUUUUGAACACACCGUACAUGUCGGAUUCGAUGCUGUUACCGGUGAAUUCACGCUGCCAAUAACAGGGAUGCCGGAAGCAUGGGCGAGAUUGCUAAUGACCAGUAAUAUUAGUAAACAAGAGCAGAAGAAAAAUCCACAAGCUGUGUUAGACGUUUUAAAUUGGUAUGACAGUAGCAGUAAAGAAACGAAAGGUUCCAAAUAUAUGACCACUACGAAGAUGGUCGGAGUAGUUGGGAAUCAAAUAGAUAAAACCGUAUGUUUAGCUCCGAUUGAAAGAGCAAGCAGUCCUAGAAGCAUGGGUAUAGGUAUUGGAACGGGAGUGGGAAACAUCCGCGGUCAAGCGAUGUCCCAAGCUUCCGGAAGUUCUCAUUCGCAACAUUCGCUCAGCAGAGUAAGCAGCAGUAGUCCGAGCAGUACACCCACGGAUGCAUGCGCGACCAGUUCCGAACAGGAGGAUGAACCUCCGCCUCCACCGAUCUCCGCGCGACCCGAACGUACGAAAUCGAUUUAUACAAAGCCAAUAGAAGAAGAACCACCGCCACCGUUAACCACCACGUUAGGAUCGCCUCAGAGAAAUGGUACACCUCAACAAUCGCAUCAAUCGCAGUUGGAUAGAAAUAAGAAUCAAGCGACGACCACGUCGACCACGACUGAUCAGACGAGACCGGCGCAAGGUGAUAAAGCGAGGAAGAAAAAAAUGUCGGACGACGAGAUCUUAGAGAAGUUAAGAACGAUUGUAAGCGUGGGCGAUCCAAAUAGAAAAUAUACAAAAAUGGAGAAAAUAGGACAAGGUGCUUCGGGAACAGUGUACACGGCGAUCGAGACGUCAACGGGAAUGGAAGUUGCAAUAAAACAGAUGAACCUUUCGCAGCAACCAAAGAAGGAGUUAAUAAUUAAUGAAAUACUGGUAAUGCGGGAGAACAAACAUCCGAACGUUGUAAAUUACCUGGACAGUUACCUCGUGGGGGAAGAGUUGUGGGUGGUUAUGGAAUAUUUACCUGGUGGUAGUUUGACGGACGUUGUAACCGAAACUUGUAUGGACGAGGGCCAAAUAGCGGCGGUGUGUAGAGAAGUACUGCAAGCGUUGGAGUUCCUGCAUUGUAAUCAAGUUAUACACAGGGAUAUUAAGUCUGAUAAUAUCCUGCUCGGGCUGGACGGUGGGGUCAAGCUGACAGAUUUUGGUUUUUGUGCACAAAUCUCACCUGAGCAGAGCAAACGAACCACGAUGGUCGGUACGCCGUAUUGGAUGGCGCCGGAAGUAGUUACAAGGAAACAGUACGGUCCAAAGGUCGACAUCUGGUCUUUGGGUAUAAUGGCUAUCGAAAUGAUCGAGGGAGAACCACCGUAUUUAAACGAGAAUCCAUUGAGAGCACUGUAUCUGAUUGCAACAAACGGGAAGCCUGAGAUUAAAGAAAAGGAUAAGUUGUCGGGGAUCUUUCAAGACUUCUUAGAUCAGUGUUUAGAAGUCGAAGUGGAGAAACGAUCUGCGGCUUCAGAAUUACUCAAGCAUCCUUUUCUGAAACUAGCAAGGCCACUUGCUUCCUUAACACCCUUAAUAAUGGCGGCAAAGGAGGCUGCUAAAGGUAAUUAGAAGAGCGAUAUUCGUGGUCACGCGUAAUGAUCGCGGCGAUAUAAUUUUGCAAGAAAAUAAUGAAUCACCCUCCCAAAAUGGAACGGCACAAUAAUUCAAUAAUAUAUAAUAAAUAAACAUAUAUAUAAAUAUAUAAAUAUAUAAAUAAAUAAAUAAAUAUAUAUAGGUCAUAGAUAGAUAGAACUUAUCCGAUACGUUGAAGGGUAUCGUGAAAUGGUUUCAAAGUUUUUAAAUUGCUCGAUUCUCGCAUGUUGCGAGGAGAAAUAAAAAAAGAUAAAUCAGACGAACUGUGAACGAUCUGACGGCAGAUAGUCUUGUAUUCCUCGAUGGGUUUUCAUUAGCCGCGAAGGGUACCACCAUUUUAUUUAAAUAGUCUUCGAUAUAAAAGAAUGUACUUGUGCGAAUACGUGGGUCGUUGCCUGAAGUACUCUCGCGCUAAUGAGCGGACUGUCAUCGAGGAUUCUCAAGCGACUGUCAGUUAUUUUCUAAAGAUAUAAAAAAGAAACACACUAGUAUUACUGACUCUAACAAAAGAAAUCGAAGAUUGGAGUUAGCUACAAACACACACACAUUUAUAGCGAGAAACCUUAUUAGAUAAUACCGUAAACAAAUGUGAACAAGUACAUAGGACCUAUUCUAAUAUAUUAUUAUGGUUUAACAAGAAAAUCGUAGAAGAAGAUAAACAAGAAAAAAAUUGGUCUUCGUGUCAGACUUAUAUUUUUUGAAACGAAGUUAUGAAAGAGCAGAGCAAUAUGUUUUCAUGUCUUUGGUCUGUCAGUACGACGUAGAUGUGUAAGCGAUAGCCUAACUUGUUUUAAACGUUCUCACGAAUCACGUUCUUGUCAUUGAAUGUUGGUAGACUUUUUUAUGUUAUAUACAUAUAUAAAUAUAUUGAAUUAAAGUUUUUAAUAGAUUUUUUAAAUACUUGGACAUCUGCAAUUUUUGCAUUACGUUACGCAUAUAUAUGUAUAUAGUACGGAAAGAAAAUGAAAUAUUUGAUUUCGUAUGAUAGAGCGAAGUUUUAUGAUCAAUUUAUAUAUUGCGAUACCAUGCGAUUAUUAUUUAAACGCUAUUCAUUUGUAAUUGUAAGAUAAAACAUAUAAGUACUUUUUCUCAUUUGCAUCGCGUUAGAACGAACGAGACACGUUGGGAUAAGCCGUUGACCUUCUCACUAAUAUAAAAAUACGUUAGUUGUAAGAACAUCUUUCUAAUGGACGGAAACUAACGUCCAGUUAUACGUGUGUUCUUCGAGGUCAAACACAAUGUCGUCUUUAACGUGUCUUAACGAAACAAAGAAAAUACUAAUAAUGUGAACGGAUGAUCGACGAAAUUUUAAAACAAGGUUCAGAUAUAGGAACAUUCUUGUGACACUAUAAAGUGCCUGUCUUAUCAUGUUUAGAGACGUGAAAAAACUCGCGCUAGAUUCCUUACGAUCUUGAAUCAUCAAACGAGAAUAAGUAUAAAUAUAAUUUAUUCGAACGCAGCCAACCCAUACGAAUCAGAGUUUUACAAGUUUUACGUUCACACGAGGUUUCUACUAUGGUUGUACUACAUUAAACGUAAUAAUUAACGUCUUUCCUAAUUGUAUUAUAUCUUAAACAUAUACAUUUAUCGAGAAAAAAGAUCGAAACCUUGGACACUACUUUUAGUUUAAAAACUUGUCGAUUUGUUAUUUUUAUUCUCAAUCAUCUUCAUUAUAAUAUAGGAGUUUAUCGUAAAAUUAACUGCUAAAGAAACGCCACGUAAAACUAUGAAAUAGGUAUUGAAAGAUAUAUUACGUAUUGAAACCGAGGAAAAAAUAUUGAGAAAAGAAGCAUACAUUAUUUGGUAAUGAACAAUCGUCUAAUAGUAAUAAUGUAUACAUUUACGUGAGUUUGUUUUCGUAAAAAUGAGCCUGAUUAGUUUUUUAAAAUAAUCGAUAAUGUCUAAUUAUACUUGACAGACGAAGCAGCUCAGGUUCUGUCAAGCUUGCGACGAAAUUUGGAAUUGUGUGCCGAGAUAGAUAAAAUCUGUGAAACAUUAUUUAUAAAACUUGCCUCUGUAUUCUGUGAAAAACAGCUUUUCAUGUCAUUUCAUUUCGACACCAAUUCCAAAUUAUUCGGGGCUCGUAAGCAGUGACGGGAGGAAAGAAAAUAAUUGUGCACGUAUAGUAUUAACAAACACAUGAUGUGAAGAAAAGAAUAUACGAUUCAGGGUCAAAAUUUUACGUUAUCUCGAUCAGGUGUGACACUGAACGAGAUCCUGCAUUUUCACAAAUAUCUUUAGCAGAAAAAAAAAAGAAGGAAAAAUUAACGUCCAUUUUUAUUGUCAUUGUAUUAUAUUACAGCGGCAGUUAUUAAGCGUAUUUCAGCUACAAGCAGCUAUCUAUAAGAUUUAUUUUUUAUUCAAUCGAAGUCGGAUGCAAAAUCCAUUUGUCCGUAUUUUUACUAAUAAUCGUAGAGAACUUCUAUCGACAUUUUAUUUAUUUAUUUAUUUAAUAAGCAAAAAGUACAAAAGUUGUAUUAAUAUACCUUACUGCAAUAAAAGGUUUAGUAUUAUUCAGAAAAUUGUAACAAUCGUUGUUUCCAAUGUUGAAGGACAGAAUCACGACUGACAAGUUUUAGGACAGGUAUGGACAAGUUCAAUCAUUUUUGCAUCCGCAUUUCGAUCAUUGUUCCAAGUGCAUUUACGUAUCCUUGUAAGAAACGUAUUAUUGUCAGUUUAGAACUACGAAAUAGGUUCCUAUACACACAUCAGAUUUAAGUAUGUAUACGCAUGUUUUCAACAACCUUUUUUAUGAUGUUUUUGAAAAUGCUUUGAGAUCUCAAUUACAAAACGAAUCAGGCCUAGCGACGAAGCCAAUAAAAAGGAAUUCCUAUCUCUUUUUAACUACAUGUACCUUCCUUUUUUAUGAAAUUGGCAAUUUUUAUUGUCCGAGAAAAGCAUUUGAUAGAAAAAUCUGGUUUCUCAGGAAAGCUCUAAUACAACAUUUAAACAGACGAAUUUAAAAAGUGAAAAAAAAAA